CAAAUGGGGUGUUGGUUUUUGGUGUUCUGUGCAGGCGAUCAAUCUGUCGGAGAAAGAAACCAGUAAUAGGAGAGGCUGAAACGGCAUCGGCUUCUUAUGGAGAGCCUAGCGGCAGCAACGACGUAGUUCUACUUGUUGGAGGCCCAAGUUCUGGGGAACAGAGGCAUAUUAUAGAAAUAUAUGGCUUCUUCUUCUUCUUCUCAAGAAGAGUACGAGUACGAGCGUACUUCUUCUCAAAAGGAGUACAAGUACGAGAGUUCUUCUUCUCACGAAGAGUACGAGUUCGAGGUGUUUCUCAGUUUCAGAGGAAAGCAAUGAUGGGAUCCAAGAUUUGGAUAAUAGUUUUCUCCAAAGAUUUUGCUUCUUCCAGAUGGUGUUUGGAUGAAGUGCGUCAAAUACUUGAAUGCAACAGGAAUAGAAAUGGAGAAAUUAAAGGGAAUGUAAUACCCAUUUUUUAUGGCAUAAAACCAACCGUUGUACGGCAGCAGGAGGAGAGCUAUGCAGUUGCAUUUGCUAAACACGCAGAAUGUUUUAAGGAUAGAAUUGAGAUGGUGCAGCAAUGGAGGGAUGCUCUAGAUGAAGUGUGUGAUGUGGCCGGUCAUGAUUCAGAAAAUUUUAGGUAUGAUCACGAGCUAAUUGACAAGAUCGUUAAUGAUGUUUUAUUGAAGUUGCCAAAAGACCAAUUAACAAUUGAUCAUUUCAAAAAGAACUUGAUUGGAAUUGAAGAGCGUGUCAAGGAUAUCGAAUCAUUGUUAUGCAUUGACUCGAAGGAUGAUGCUCGCAUAAUAGGCAUUUGGGGCAUGGGAGGUAUUGAAAGCCGCUUGUACGGAAGAAGAUGCUUGUCAAUGCAUGAUUUACUAAGAGAAGUGGGUCAGGCAAUUGUUUGUGAUGAAAGCAAAAUACCUGGAAAUCGUAGUAGGUUGUGGACUGCUACAGAUAUCUGCCAUAUAUUGGAGAACAAUAAAGUAAGUGCAAAUAUAUUGGAGAAAAAUAAAGGAACUGAUGCAAUCCAAGGCAUAUUAUUGAAUCUGUCUGAUCGUGGUAUUAAAAAAAAUGUCCAAGUGAGCCCUACAGCAUUCUUACAUAUGUGCCAUCUAAGAUAUCUUGAAAUAUAUGAAGGAGAAACACAAUAUGAUGGGGAGUUUGGGCCUGGAUACCUACAAGAUCCAUAUAAUAUAUAUGCCUCUGAAGGUCUGUUUGAUAUUUCUGAGGAGCUAAGAUACCUUCGUUGGGAUUCAUGCCCUUUGAAAUAUUUGCCAAAUUUUAGUCCGAAGAAUCUUGUUGGGCUUAUUAUGCAUGGGAGCAAAAUUGAGAAACUUUGGAAUGAAGUCCAGCUCCUUGACCUCGAGAAGUUAAAGAAGAUUGAUCUUAGUUAUUCCAAGCAACUUACUAGAAUACCAAAUCUGUCUGGGGCUAUCAAUCUUGAAAUUAUAAGUCUCCGAGGUUGUAUAAAUCUGGUUCAAAUUCACUUAAAUCUUCAGAGUCUCCGCAAGCUUCAGAUUCUAGAUUUAAGUCAUUGUUACAAUCUGAAAGAAUGCGGAUCAUCUGAAAGUCAAGAAAUGCUCUCAUCAAUUCCCGUUGGAUUAGAUUUCUCAUAUUGCACAGGACUUAGAAGUAGAAGUAUACUUUGGAAUGAAGUUCAGUUAAAGAAGAUUGAUGCUAGUUAUUGUGAGCACCUUACUGAAAUACCAAAUUUGUCUGGGGCUAUCAAUCUUGAAACUAUAACACUCCGAGGUUGUAAAAGUUUGGUUCAAGUUGCUUUAAAUUUUCAGAAUCACCCCAAGCUUUGGAUUCUAGAUUUGAGUAGAUGCGAGAAUCUCGAAGAAUUCAGAGAUUCUGAAAAUAUUGCAACCAAUAAUACAGCAUUUGUAGAAGAAGAGACCUCAUCAUCAGCUUCCGUUGAAUUAUAUUUCUCAAAUUGCGAAAGACUGAGAAGUAUACCAGAAAGCAUUGGGAAAUUGAGAUACCUGUAUCGGCUGGAUCUUAGUGAUUGCCCAAACCUGGAAAAGUUUCCAGAAAUCUCUUCAGGUGAUAUGAAAUGCUUGCAUUGGCUUUCGUUAGAGGGAACAGGGAUUAAAGAGUUACCCGAAUCAAUUGAAAAUGUAAAAAAGCUCAAAUACUUAAGUCUGAAGGACUGCAAAAGACUUAAAAGUCUACCCCAGAGCAUUUGGAAGUUGAAUUAUCUGAAAAGACUGAUUGUUCCUAAUUGCCCAAACCUGCGGGGGAAGUUUCCAGAAAUCUGCAAUGUUAUAGAAUACUUGUAUGAAAUUGAUUUAAGGGGAACAGGGAUUGAAAAGUUACCCGAAUCAAUUGAAAAUAUAGAAAAGCUCAAACACUUAAAUUCGAAGGAUUGCAAAAGACUUAAAAUUCUACCCCAGAGCAUUUGGAAGUUGAAAUAUCUAGAAAAGCUGAUUCUUCUUGAUUGCCCAAACCUGCAGGGAAAGUUUCCAGAAAUCUGCGAUGUUAUGGAAUGCUUGAAUGAAAUUGAUUUAGGGGGAACAAGGAUUGAAGAGUUACCCGAAUCAAUUGAAAAUCUAACUGGGCUCACAACUUUAAACCUUGACAGUUGCCCACAGAUUAAGUUUCUCCCAAACAGCCUUUGUAAACUAUCUAGGCUUGUUACGUUGAAACUUGAGGAAUGUUCAUCACUUGAAGAAUUGCCUCGCCUUCCACUUGGUUUGGAAAAAUUGGAUAUAAAAUACUGUGAGAGCCUUGAAAUCAAUACAACAGCUUCCAUAUUCAUUAUGGAUGUUUGAAGCAGCCAGUUGUACGUCAAUGAAAACAAUAUCAAGUUGUGAAUCGGCUCACAUUCACAACCGACAAUAUUUUGGGCAUCUUGUCUCUAUGUUUUGGAGGUUUGAAAAUUGUAUGGAGUUAGAUCACAACACACGCAACCACAUAAUUUCUGACACUGUUUACAAUAGAAUUUAUGGCGCAUGUCCAUUUGUUGAUGUUGUGUACCCAGGAGGUGAAAUCCCAAAGUGGUUCAACAAUGUAAGUACUGAUGAUGGGAAUACGAUCAAUUUCCAGCUUCCUCUAAAUUGGUUUAAAUUUACUAAUAGCCCGU